AUUGUGCAGUGGAGCAGUUUUAAGCAGCAUCUCCGUAGGGUCCAUGACUUUGAAGAGGGGAUGGAGUCCAUGGCUCUAAAGUCAACUGUAGAUCUCACCUGUAACAACCACAUCUCAGUGUUCGAGUUUGACAUCUUCACCAGGCUAUUCCAGCCCUGGAGGUCUCUUCUGAGGAACUGGAACCAGUUGGCAGUGACCCAUCCCGGCUACAUGGCCUUCCUCACCUACGACCAGGUCAAAGCCCGCCUCCAAAACUACCUGCACCAGCCCGGGAGCUACGUCUUCCGUCUGAGCUGCACUCGGAUGGGCCAGUGGGCCAUUGGUCAUGUGACUGGUGAUGGCGACAUCGUACAGACGAUCCCCCAGAAUACACCUCUCUACCAGGCCCUCAUCCAGGGCUUCAGGGAGGGCUGCUAUCUUUACCCUGACGGACGUGAUGUGAACCCAGACCUCACCAGUCUGUGUGAACCAGCACAGAGAAGCAGGGUCAAAGUCACAGAGGACGAGUAUGAGAUGUACUGUGAGAUGGGUAGUACCUUCCAGCUGUGUAAGAGCUGUACAGAGAGAGACAAGGACACACGCAUCCAGCCCUGCGGACACCUGCUGUGCCAACCCUGCCUCACGGGAUGGCAGAAGUCGGAUGGACACACCUGCCCUUACUGUCGCUGUGACAUCAGAGGGACAGAGUCAAUCCUGGUGGAGCCUUACCUGUCUGUCAGCGAGGAAGAGGAAGAGGAAGAUGACCUGGAGGAUGUACAGCUAGUCAUGAAAAACCUGGCCUAUAUGAAGAGGAUGUCGUCUGAAGAAUACCAGUUCCCCAGCUCUCGCCUCGUUCCACCCCUCCCUCCCAAACAGAGCACCUCCUCCCACUGCCCUUCCCCACAAGCCCCCUUACAGCCCUCUGUGCCCGAUAUACUGGCCAAAUACUCCCACUCUAACUCGCGUUCUGCUCACAGUGACACCCCCUCAGACAGAGCGCUCACACACCACACUGCCAGCACUAACAGUGAGGAUUCUGUCUCAGAGCCAAACCUCCACUCCUGUUGUGUCUCCUCCCAGUCCCGUGGAGAGGGUGGAGCAGCCUGGUUAGGGGCCUCAGAUUCAGUGAAACAGAAGAGACAAAGAAAGGAGUGAACGGACGUCAGAGUUCGGGUGCAGCCAGAGAGAGCGGGAGAGAACCAUGUCCUCCUGACUCUGGGAGAAAAGAUAAGCACAACAUCUCUGACUGACUCAAGAAUGGAUGGAUAAUAGGAAUAAGAAAGGUCCAUUUCCACUGUUCCUGAAAAACAGCCAUUGUUAAUCUUCUGUACCUUAUGUAUACAGUGGGGCAAACAAGUAUUUAGUCAGCCACCAAUUGUGCAAGUUCUCCCACUUAAAAAGAUGAGA